AUGGAGGCUCGACUCUGCGGCUGCAGGUUCAAGAUUUCGAGCACGGACUCACACCAGGUCUGCUCGUCCUGCCUUGGGCUGGAACAUGCCCGAAAGGCUAUCGACGCCCCCGGUUCGUGCGGACACUGUGCCCGCUUCACCACCAAGAGCCUCCGCCGACGGCUAGCGCGCCAAGCUAGCCUGUCGGGACAAGACCCCUUCAUGCCUGUUGAUUUGCCGGCCGGCAAUCAAGGCAUGGUGGCGACCACCGUGGGAGUUGAGCCCUGCGCUGUGUCAAGCUGGGGCUCAACGGCGGCGGCAGCCGCGGGAAUGGAGCCCCGCGCUGUGACAAGCUGGGGCUCCCAACUGGACCUCACCGUGGUUCCACCCGUGGAGGAUGUCCUGGAGCUGGAUUACAUGGAGGAAGAUGAAGAGGAUACCUCUAAGUUCCUCUUAUCCGACUCAGACGAAGAUGACAUCUUCGUCCCAUCUGCUCAGGCUGCCAAGCCGGAGGCGGUGUCCGCUCCCCCAGGCGAAAGCGCGCCAACUUCGCCCCGCCUCAGCAUGGACUUGCAGGCCUAUUAUUACUCACAUUGUUGUCCCUGUUUCCUUUAUAAAGGUGCUUCGAAACAUGACCCUACAAAGAAAACAGCACCGCAGUGUACCUUUGGAUCACGUCAUGAAACCAAGACUGAGAUCCCCCCUGGACCGAGCUACCUCAUUCCCUCCAACAUCACCAGAGUACGCCCUCCUGCUUAUUCUCUCUACAGCCGUCCAAAGGAUCCAAAACUAUUCCAGACCCCUGGACCAGCCACAUACUCCCCAGAAAAUGCUGGAAAGUCAGUCUUCCACUGUGCUCCUGCCUAUUCUAUGUCAGGGAGGGGCAAAGAAAUCAGCAAUAUUCAAACACCAGGUCCAGCCUCCUACUCUCUGCCCCCUCUGCUGGGAAACAACACUGUGGUCAAAUCCACAGCUCCCUCUUUCUCUCUUUGUGGCCGCAACAAACAUGGCAACUUCUAUGAGGACCUAAGUAAGACUCCAGGCCCUGCUGCGUACAACGUUGUGGACCCUAAUAUUUACAUGAAAAGAUUUCCUCAGAUCAGCAUGACAGGCCGCAACUUUUCACCUGGGGUAUCUACAAAGACUCCAGGACCUGGUGCAUACUAUCCUGAGAUGGUGACCUGCACAAGAUCCAAAGCUGGAAAGUCAGUCUUCCACUGUGCUCCUGCCUAUUCUAUGUCAGGGAGGGGCAAAGAAAUCAGCAAUAUUCAAACACCAGGUAUGUAUUUGGUGUCAACUUCAUUUAAGCUGUGGGUUACUAGCAUAUCUGGAGGCGUGUGGCGCAGUGGAUAGAGCAUUGGUGUUUGGAUCAAGGGAGCACAGGUUCAAACCCCACUGGGCAAGACACUUCACCCCAAAU